GUCUCCCAUGAUCCUACCGGGUGCGUGGCCGGGGCAUGUGCCGGCGCUCUACCAGCAGCCCUUCGGCUAUGCACAGCAGCCAGUGGUCUACCAGCCGCAGGUGCAGAGUCCAAUGGUGCUGUCAGGGCCCGAGAGUAUGUGAUGGCUCCAGUGCCUGCGCCUAUCCUGCCCACAAGCAGCUAUUUGACGCCAGGCGGUGUUGAUAUGCAGAAUCCCUUCGCGUAUCAAAGCGGCAUGCCGGUCAUGGCCACCAGUGGCUCUUUUGUGGCGCCGGUGGGGACUACGUCUGCUCCGCCGCCCAUCGGUCUGCCCACCGGUCCGGCGCCGACCGCGCCCGCGCCGUCCACGGCGCCCGCGCCGCUGCCGAGCGCGGGGUCCUUCGUGCCGCCGCCCACGGGGCCAUAUGUGCCACCGCCCUUGCACCCAAGUACUGGUUCCUUUGUGCCGCAGCACUACAUGCCGUAUGCGCCCAUGACCAGCACGGGAUCCUUUGUCCCACCCUUGGUGCCCAGUGGAUCCUUUGUGCCCAUGCCCACGAGCCAUAGCUCCUCGGUUUUCCCACGUCGGGCUCCUUCGUGGCGCCCGCGGGUCCCGGCGUGA